AUGGCUCUGAGGCUGUGGUCGUCCUUUUCGUGGGCGCUGGUCGUCGUUCGCCAUCUGUUUGUGUCACGUAGUUGCUACGUUGCUGACUGCAACAUGGCCCGACUCGCUCGUGGGGGCGUUCGUGGCUCUCAGGCCGUUGCGUGUGCUGGUCGUCAUUUUUCGUGGGCUCUGGGCGUCGUCCGCUUAAACGACGGACGACGAAAUGUCGUCGCCCGUCGUUUGGUUGCCAUGUUGCUGUUGGCGACGUGGCAGCUGGCAUUGUUGUUAGAAAACGAAAAGGGGGGAGAUGUGUGUGCGCUCACCAAGAAGAUGACCUGGCAACCGCAACGUGGCGCUCAUCGUCAAUUGUUUCGUGGGCACUGGUCGUCGAUUCCGUUGAUUGGGUUGCUGUUGCCAGGCGGUCGUGGUUGUUGGGUCAUCGUUUGCCAGUUUGUCGUUUUCCUUGCGUGUGGUUCGUUGGGCGGUUGUUGUCGGUUUUGGGCGGCCAUGGUUGUUUGCGAAGGUGGGGGUUACGCGACCUUGGGAUCAAGGUUCAAACUCACCCAAUACAGAUGCAGUUGGAAAUUCAAAGAUUUGAGAAUCUUUGUGGGUCCCUAUGGUUCCAUGAAAUUUAAAGUGUCAGUUGCACCUUUGUCGGUCCGUUCGCGAAUUGCGGGGCAUGAGAAGAGUGAGGUCGAUAAUUGGAGGGGAUUGAGAAUGAUUUGUGCUGGGGACCAAGACGCCAACACUACAGCUAUUGCGUGCAUGGUUAACGCUCGCCCGCACAUGAUUAAUAUUCUUAUAGAGGGGCAAUUUGUUCCUGCCGUAAGAAGGUUCCCGGACCCGCUCUUUCAAGACCAAAACCAAACCAAAAUGGGCACCAACUGCGUGAGUCGCGCGCGGACGAUCAACAACCAGGGAUCACGGAAAUCAACAAAUGGCGCACACCACAGCCACAAAGCCACAAACAACCCCAGGGGCAAGCCACGUCACAACUAUGCGACACAAACGGAUGACGAUGAUCACGUCGUCGUCGUCAGUUCAUAUUGGUUCCGGUUAGGGACUGUCAUGGAUACACCCAGGUAUUAA